UCUCCAGAAAAGAAUAGGACUUGAACCUGAGAUUUCAUCCAUCGCCUCUUCGCUCUCUUCUCUCUUCAGCGUCAUUCCGAAGUACUCCGGACAGGACGAGGAAUCUCAAGAGACGCCAUGACCAACGUCCCAAGAAUACAUCAACAUGGUCGGCACCCCCCCCCCCCUUCAAAUAGGCAUACUCAUGCCAACUCACCUUGCCAUACCACUCCCGGGCUUCCUCAACGACGGCUGUGGCUACCUAGAUAAACAGGGUCCGCAGUUCAAGCUCCUCGGCGACGGCACGAUGAUGACGUACUGCAACAAAAAUACCUUUACUGUGCUCAAUCUGAACGAUUGUAUUGUCAAUGUCCUGGGUGGUUUGAAACCUAGGGCUGAUGAUGGGCUGGAAGGGAAGUUUACGGAUACGUGUAGGGGGUGUAAGGUUGAUGGGGAGGGUGUUUGGUGCGAGUGUGGGUGUGAGAUGUUUGAUGGGGGGUAUGAGGAGUCUUUCAUCAAUAUGAGUAAGUGUAGCCUUCUUUCUUGACUGGCUCAUAGACUUUUGGUGAGUUCGACUGAGGCAUGCUGAUGAUGAUGUUAGAUGAUAUCGUGAUCAACUGAAAUGUGUACCUGGGCUGCCGUGGCGGGAUAUCAAGUUGCUAUGAGAUGACGUGGAAUUGCAAGCCCAGGAGGUGGUGGCCUGAAGGCACUUCCCCAGAGAU